AUGUCUGAACAUAUACCAAUUGUCGAUGGUGAUGAAAUUGGUGGUAGGGAAACAAAUAAUGAGAUUAGAUCAAAUCUUCGUCAAAUAGGACCAUAUCGUUCAUUAUCGGCAAAACGUCCAAAAGAUACGAAUCAUCCUCGGCGUGUCUCGUUCAACGAUGUACCCAUCAUACACGAGGUACCAUCGUUCGAUUUAAUGCGCAAUUCAAACUGUGAAUCUCAUCGUUCUUGGACAUACACAGGCACUAAUCUUACAAAUACACUUUUAAACGAUACUAUGACGAACGUUCUUCCAUCGUCAUUUAAUACGAAAUUACAUGCUAAUCGUAUUAGUAGUGCAUAUUACAAUAGCACAAGUAAUGUUCGAAAUCGACCCGAUCUAGGUUUAAAUGCUACCGUACCGUUUUUUGGUGAUACGAAUACUCGCUUACCAGAUUGGCUAUCUCGACCAAAAGCUCCAAGAAUCACAACUGCUGGAAUCACAGAUGCUGCAAAUGGUACAAAUGAUACAAAUUCUGUACCAUCGAACACUACAUCAAAGCUGCAAAUUGAACAAACGGAAGCACCUCCACCACCAGUAACACCCAUGAUUGUGAUAACAGCAAAUGAUUCGAAAGAUCAAGAACAUGAAAUAAACUUGAAAGAAAACACAUCAAAUAAUCACAUCGACACUACUAUAAAUAAUGAUAAUAAGGAAUUAACGACAGCCAGUCCAGCUUUAGACAUUCCACAAAAAUCGAUCAUUCGUAACAGUAUAUCUUCGAUGAGACAUGUUCUGCCGAACUCUGUUUUGUAUAAUAAUUCAUAUAUAUCAAGUAUUUCGUCUUCAUCAAACCCUUGGAAAAGUGUAGGCGACUCACUUGGUACCGCACCAUCAACAACAUCAUUAAACGAGAAUGAUAAUACUGUAAAACAUCCUUAUCGAUCAGCAAUAACUCCUCUUGCUUCCGACAAUCAUCAUCCGAUGUUCAUGUUGCCUACACAAACGACCACCUCCGAACAGCAACCACAACAACAACAACAUAAUAAUAAUAAUAAUAAUAAUCAACGAAAUUUUUCGCUCGGAUAUUCUAAUCAGCAACAACCGUCGUAUCUAUUUAGAGAAAAUACGCCGUCUGAAUCAAGUGCGACCACAUAUACGUCUACAUUAUCAACAAAUAUUGAAAACCCUGUUUUAUCAUUAACGAGUAUCCAACAGUCGAACACUCGAAAUAGUCGGAUCCGCUCUGCAACAUUGCCAUUAGCAACUCGAUUUUCAAGUAAUACAAAUGAUACUUCGUCUACAAAUAACACAUACAGUAAUGUAUCCAUAACUCCACUGACGAUUCAAACAAAUGGUGCUAAUCCAUCAAUAACCGUUACAAAUGCGCUUCCUUUACGUAAUUCUCAAACAACAACAAACACAAUAGUUCCUCCUCCUUCUUCCACUCGUGUGUCGUCAGCAAUUUCGAAUCCAUCGAGUGUUCUUAAUCGUACCGUUUUACGUCCUACAACAAUUGCUUUUCAGUGCAAUGCAUCCUAUCAAACCACGCCCAUUCUUAGUCAAUUCCCGGCCAAGGAUUCCACGCUAACGAUGUCUAACAUUAGCCAACAAACACCAUCGUCCGUGAAGCAGAUGCCUAUUCAAAAGACGGCACAUAAUUCGCGAUUCAUGCAGCGGCCAAGCAUUCCCAUGACUUCCUCAUCUUCUACAACUCCAGUUAAAUAUUCAACAUUUGCAAAUACCAUAAUUAAUAGUAACAAUGGAGAAAACAUCACACAUCAUCUUAAAACAUCAUCAACCACAACAACAUCAGCGGCCCUUCAACGAGCUCGUUCGGCAAAUGUAUUUCGUCGAUCUCCUGUUGACGCAUUUGGAAACGUUACAACGUCAAAUAAUAAUACGAACAUGAGUUCAAUGAAACGAAAUCCAAAUGUUCGACAAACUUAUGGUUCCUACUAUAUGCAGCGGGUUCUGUUACCUACAACAACGAAUUAA